AUGAAUCAAAGAAAUUCUUCUUCUAUUAAUCCCAUCGAUCACUUGCCACUCCAACUCCACCGAUCCGACGUCGUUCCACCGUCACCUUCCCCUUCUUCCGCCAUCGAUUUCCUCCCCGAUUUCGCCGGAUACUCAUGGAUCGCUUACGCUGCUUCCUCUCUCCUUUCCAUCACUCACUUCCCUUCUCCUCUCUCUCACAAACAGACUCGCAUCGGUUCCAUUUUCCGCCAACUCUUCGAGCUCUCCGGCGACCCUUCUUCCUUUGUCUCCGCCGUCUCAUGGUGCCCCCGGACCCCUUCCUCCGGUGAACUCGCUGCUUCAGCUCAAAAUUGCAUCUGGGUCUUUCACCAUCGAUCUGCUACAUCAAAGGGUUCUUUUUGUUGGAGCCAGAAUGCAGUGCUUGUACAACAAACGAAGGUGGAGGCCAUCAAAUGGACAGAAUCAGGGGAUGGAAUAGUUUCUGGCGGAAGCGAGGUGGUUUUCUGGAAAGAGAGUAAUAAGCGUUGGGAAAUAGCUUGGAAGUUCAAAGUGGAUCAACCUCAAACUCUUGUUUGCACAACCUGGUCUAUUGAGGGCCCUUCGGCAACCACGGCACAUCAUGGUAAAGAACAAGUUGAGGGGUCAUUAGCAAAUCAGGCAAGCAAAUGUGUGUUGGUAAUUCAAAACAAUGGACAAUCUGAAUAUUCAACAGCCAACCUACGGCAUCCUCUACCUGUCGUAAUGAUUCAGUGGAGACCGUCAAGAAGAAGGCUAUCAAACGGAUAUGAGGGGCAUUCAGUUAGGCAUGUAUUAUUGACCUGCUGCUUAGAUGGAACUGCAAGGUUAUGGAGCGAGAUUGAUCAUGGGAAGGCUAGAAGGAAUGCGAAGGAUACCAAUGAUCUAAAGAUCACAGAGCGCUCUUUUUGUGUUGUUGGUGUAAUUGAGAUUAAUCAAGCCUUGAAUGGAACCCUAGGUUCAAAUAUAUUUGUAUCAUGGGGAAGAGAAAUGGAGGGAAUAUUUAAAAUCGGUGAAGGAGUGAAGCAAGAUUUCUCCAAAGAAAGAUUCAAGGAUGAUGUUAGAAAUUGUGAAUGGCUAAUAGGUUUUGGUCCUGGAAUGUUGCUAAGCUUUUGGGCUGUCCACUGUCUUGAUGACAUUUCACCACUUAGAUUUCCUCGAAUUACAUUAUGGAGGAAACAGGAAUUCCAGGCCAAUGACAUAGGAAGCACACAUAAGUUUGGUUCAUCUGAUUUUAAAAAUGCAUUACUUCUGCAUAAAGUCAGUAUAUUGAGGAACUGCUUGUCUGGUCCACCUAUAGUCUGCUCUCCACUCCAGUUAUUACAUUGCAAUUCUUUAGUUUGGUCAUAUUUGCGUAUUCAAGCAAUAGACGAUACUGUUGAGACCUCCCUUGAUAAAGCCAAAACAGAUUACAUCUCCAAUUUGAGCGGUGGAGUUUUAAACUUAGAUGGUCACAGUGGGAAAAUUUUAAAGGUUUCAAUUCAUCCUCAUAUAUGCGAAGUUCAAUUUGCUGCUUCUCUUGAUAAGAAUGGGCUGAUUCUUUUUUGGUCACUUUCUAACAUUUCAAACUGCAUUUUGAAAUGUCCAACUUUGGUUCCUUCUUGGGAACUUUGUGGGAAGCUUGUAACUCAAGGCUCAUGCUCCAAGUAUACAAGUUUGAGGUGGGCACCUUCAGUACUUAAUGACAACCUGGUUUUAUUUAUGGGACAUGCCAGGGGGGUUGAUUGCUUCAUAGUCAAUAUUUGUCGAACUGAAGAAGAAAAUGUAGAAUGCCACUACUUAUGCACUAUUCCUUUUAAUGGUCAUGGUCCUUUUAAGCAUGGCCCAUCUGAUAUAUUUGCAAUUCCUUUGAACUCGACUUGUAAUAAAACGUUUCAUAAUAAUAAAAUUAUGCUAUUGGCAAUUUGGAUAGGGAGAUUCCAGGCCCUAUCAUGGGAAGUUAACUUACACUCAUUCGAUAUGUCAACAAGCUGUUGUGAAUGUGGUAUUGAUGCUAAAAUCCCCGAUAAUGGUGAUAUUUGGGCAUUUGAAAGUACAUUUGCUAAUAAAAGAUAUUUCAUUGCUGUAAAUCCUUGUUCUUCUGAGUAUCCAACACCUGAUGAUCUAGUUACCAGCUUUGCUGUGGUUGAUGCAGUCACUCUAAGCCACAGACAGCAGGAGUUAGGCUUUGCAGAUGAUCUAUGUAGUGGUUAUCCUGCUUCUAUUAUGGCCACGGGUUGUUCCAAUGGUAGCUUGAAACUUUGGAGAAGUAACUGUGGCAACCGAUCAGCUCUGCACUUGCCAUGGGAGCUUGUGGGUAUGUUUACUGCACAUGAUGGUCCGGUCAAUUAUAUAUGUUUCACUGAUUGUGGUCAGAAGAUAGCUACUUGCUGCAACAGAAGUGAUUCAAAUGGCGUCAAUACCAUUCAUAUAUGGGAUGCUGUAAACCUGAUCAGUGAAGGGACUUUUAUUUUGGAAGACAGGCUAACUUUUGAAAGUAAUAUUUGUAGUCUAAAUUGGUUAACUUUAGGUACUGGUCAGUUGCUGCUUGGAGUUUGCUUGGAAAAUGAAUUACAAGUUUUUGCGCAGAGGCGUUUUGAUGGUAUGACUUUGUCAAACUCUGUAAAGUUUCCGAAGAUUAAUAUAUGGAUUAAUAUUGCAUUUGCUCAGACUUCCCUUCCAAUUCGUGAUUUCUUGUGGGGUCCCAGAGCUACAGCAGUGGUAGUUCAUGAAAAUUACUUUAGUAUAUUCAGUCACUGGUUGUUUCAAGAGGAUAGAAAACAAGGGAGUAAUUUUCAUUUCCGUGAUUCCAAGCCAAAUGCCGCAAAUUGCAAGGGUGAAAUAUAUGAAGACGGACCUACAAUUCUUACCGAUUGUGACUCCAUGCAGUCCUCCAAUAUUAAUAUGAGGGAUGAUGACCGAUCAAGUAGCUUAUGUCUGGCCAAGAAGCAAUUGAAGUCUGAAAUUUGCACGAACAUUGGCUUAUGGAGCAUCUUAGAAGUAGCUGAGACAAUUAGUAGGCCUUUGCCUACAUAUCACCCCAAUAUUCUCCUCACUAAUAUAAGUUCAGGAAAUUGGAAACGUGCUUAUGUAGCUGUGAAACAUUUUGUUGAAUAUUUGACUUCUAAUAAUGAUCCUAAAAUAAGGUUCGUCUCCAAAAAUAAGGGUCUACCAGAGAUGAGUUUGUCAUACUAUCUAGAAGGAAGCCUGUCAGAAGGUUCCCAAGACAGGAGAUUCCAAUGGAGUGGAGAUAUUGCGUCAAUCACGUCAACUUCUCACAUGGAAAGUAGCAUUUCUACCUCAACAAAGUCUGAGCUUAAUGGCUUUGUUGAAUCCAUUGAGAAUUCGCCCGAGUUAUUGCAUUUGACCAAUGUAGAGAAGUCAGAGAUUCUUGCAAUCAUUGAUUUGCUUGGCGAAGUUAGUAGUCCACACUUGUCUUCUGCAUACCAAAGUCUUGAUGAACCUGGCAGGAGGUUCUGGGUUGCGUUGAGGUUUCAGCAACUGUUUUUUCACCGAAAGUUUGCUAGAGCUGCGUCUUUCGAAGAAUUGAAUGUUAGUUCAAGGUUGUUUGUGUGGGCUUACCACUCUGAUUCCCUAGAAAAUUUAUUUGGUUCUGUCAUACCCAGUGAACCAUCAUGGCAAGAAAUCCGUGCUUUGGGUAUGGGCUUUUGGUAUGCUAGCGUACCUCAAUUACGUGCAAGGAUGGAGAAAUUGGCAAGAGCUCAAUAUUUGAAAAACAAGAAUCCUAGGGAUUGUGCAUUGCUAUAUAUUGCACUGAACCGAAUUCAAGUUUUGGCUGGCCUUUUCAAACUCAGUAAGGAUGAGAAAGACAAGCCUUUAGUGGCCUUUCUUUCACGUAAUUUUCAGGAUGAGAAAAAUAAAGCUGCUGCUUUGAAAAAUGCAUAUGUGUUGUUGGGAAAGCAUCAGGUGGAAUUAGCAAUCUCGUUUUUUUUGCUCGGAGGUGAUCAUUCGUCUGCUGUAAAUAUUUGUGCUAAGAACCUUGGGGAUGAACAACUUGCACUAGUUAUUUGUCGCCUUGUUGAGGGCCAUGGUGGACCAUUGGAGCGUCACUUAAUAACAAAGUAUAUACUUCCUUCUGCAAUUGAAAAGGGAGACUACUGGCUUGCAAGCCUUCUGGAGUGGGAAAUGGGUAAUUAUUAUCAAUCUUUUCAUAGAAUGCUAGAGUUUUCAAUAACUCUGGUGGCUCAGGAGUCCACUGUCAUGUCCAAUUGUGGUCCUUUUCUGGAUCCAAGUGUUGGUACUUUUUGCCAUAUGUUAGCAACAAAGAAUAGCCUCAGGAAUGCUGUCGGGGAGCAAAAUUCAGCGAUUCUUUUAAGAUGGGCUACUUUGAUGACAGUUACUUCCCUAAAACGAUGUGGCAAUGUUAUUGAGGCAUUGGAAUGUUUCUCAUCUUCAAUGAGCAUGCAUGGGACGGCAGAUCAAGGGAGCAAUUUGAAUGUCAGCCAUAAUGUGCUUUCCAGUCCAUUAAAGCCUUUGCCAAGAAAAUCUUCUAACUGGUUGUCCUCCGAUGUGUCUGUUCAUCUGGAGUUCCAUAAGAAAUUGAAUUUGGCACUACGCUACUUACUGAAAUUGAUAAGAGAGCAUCCAAGUUGGCUUGAGACUUUCACUGAACCUGUUGGGGAAGCUUCUUAUGAUGAUGAAUGUAUGAUACAAUAUGAGAAGUCAGUUGAAAGUUUUAAGCAAAAGUUAUGCACAGGGAUUUCUCUAUAUGAACGGAGGUUUUCGUUGCCUCCUAGGUCUCUUAUCAGUAAGAUUUUACUCUUUCUAUGCCAUCAUGGAUUAUUGUACAUUGGGUAUGAUAUCGCCGAUGGAUGCGCUCGAGGAGAACUAUCUCAAAAGAAGAGUGAUGUGUCUGAUGCUUUCAGUUUAUAUCGCUGUCGGGUUAAACCCUUCUUUAAGACUGUAGAAGAAAUCUCCUUUUUCUACUCAAGAUUCAUUUCUGCCUGCAGCAUGGGAUAUUCUGAACAAAGUUCAACUUCUAUUGAGAAAGUUGCAUCUACGGAGAGUCGAUCUAUGUUUUCUGAUGCUUCGAAGUCUCACUUUGGAGGUGUUCUGAUUUCAUUAUGGUAUUUAAGAGCCAUUUUCAAGAUCGAAUUGCGGUCCAUCAGCAUAGAUCAUGUCAAAGAACAUCUAGAUAUCCUUGAUUUAUUUGAGUACUUUUUACAGUUUUCCUUAGCUUGGCUUCAAAGAAACUCAGGAGCACUUUUAUUUAUGGUGGAACCAUUCUUGACUGCAAAUGCUAAUGGUUGUAAUCAUUAUGAGGCUGAUAUGGUGAAUCUGAAGAACCGUUUUCCUAAAUUUGCAGAGUUGUUGACUCGAAAUUCAUUCACAACAAAUGUACAAAACCUCCAAGUCUCUGAAUGUACAGAAGAUGGAAAAGUUGAUGACACAAAGCAUUCAAUUCCAGAAGAUGAAAGAUGGAAGAUUCUAGGGAUCUGCUUGUGGCGACAUAUGUCUAGAUUUAUGAUAUCUAAUUUAAAUUUGGUUCUUGAUAAACUUGAAGAUGGUAACAGUUCAGGUUCUUUCCACAGAAAUUUUGCUCAUAGGGAGUUCACGCUCUUAAGUGUUGAUUCCGAUAGCAUCAGCUUGCCUGAACAGAUUCGAUUACUCUCGUUUAGCUUAUGUGAUUUACUGACAACAACAGUUACCCACAUUUCUUCUUACCAUGUCAAGCAACUUGCAGAAUAUUUGUGGCAGAAAUUGGAGAAUAAUUCGAAUGUGAUGACUCUUGAAUGGCUGAAACAAUCACAUCAAUCAGAAUCCAGUCAAAAACAAAACCUGGACAUCUUGGAACUGGUGAAUGGGAAAGAUGAAUGUUCAGUUCAUCAGUUACUGUGGGACCACUGUGCCGAUCAAAAAUUAAUAUCGGAAUGCUUUGCUCAGGAAAAACUCAAUUGGUCAAAUUAUUUGGAUCAUGUGCCUACUAAAGGAUGGAACGACAUGCAUAUACUUCUGACAGGGCAACAUAAAACUGAUGACAUGCGUGAUAAAGAAUCUAAACUUGGCGUUCCAUUACAAACUCCUGAAGUUCAAUCUCCUGUUAAAGGAAUGUUCCCAAGUGGCAAUGCUUCGACAAGUUCCAACCAGAAAGAUAUAUCUAGUAGGAACAUUUCAAUUUUCCAUAAUCCCAGAGAAAUGUGCAAGAGAAAUGGGGAACUUUUGGAGG